AUGGCCCGAUUAUAUUCAAAGAGCUGUUUUCUCGCUCUAAUUAUAGUUUUUCUUUUCGUCACUUUCGCAGCCUUCUUCGACUCGCUGCCGAAGAACCCUUACUAUGGUGCUGCCUCAUCACUACUAAAUCCAAAUCAGGACUCUCAGCUCCAAGACGCCGCUGGGCAGGCCCCAGCGCAGGAGCAAUCGACCAGUAUGCAUCAUGCCUUCACCACCACAACCUCUACUAGAGCUACCGCCCCAGCACCGACGCUUGAGCCAGAAACAACACCCGAGAAAGAACAGACAGAGGAGGAGCGGAAAAAAGCAGAAGACAAGAAACGAAUCGAAGAAAUGCGCAAGAAGCAAAUACAAGCCGCCAAAGUCGCUAAACAAGUCGACUUUACCAUUCCCGACGACAUCAAAUACGACCCUGCUGGCCCGAGACCAGACCAGAUCAUCCUCCUCUGCGCAUCCGACGGAAAGGGCCACAACGGCGGUAUCGAGAACCUGUUUGAGCAGACGCAGGUAAACAGACAAGCAUACGCCGACUUCCAUGGAUACACUUACCACUUUAUCAACAUCUCAAAAUACGACAUAGGCGGCUCCCACCCUGUAUGGGCGAAACUUCCAGCUAUCGCAGAGACAUUCAACACCUUCCCGGAUGCGCAGUGGAUCUGGUGGUUGGACCUUGAUGCGCUCAUCAUGACGCCCAGCGUGGACUUGAACGAGUUGUUGCUUUCCCAUGCGGCGCUCGAGAAGAAGAUCCUUACUGGCCAGACAUUUAACCGCCCUGGCGGGGGAGAGACCGAAGUCGCGACUCCGGAGAAGUUUGAUGUCAAAAACAUUGACUUGAUCUUCAGUCAGGACCAUAAUGGCAUUAACGCAGGGAGCUUCUUUAUUAGAAGAAGCCACUGGACUAGGAUGUUUAUGGAUAUAUGGGCGGACCCUGUCUUUAUUAUGAAGCCCUGGCUUGGGCAGGAGCAGAGCGCAGUGCUCCACCUCGCCCUACACCACCGUACGGUACUGGAACAUUUCGCCCUUGUCCCACAAACUACGCUGAACGCAUACGCGGUCGGCACCCCCGGAAUGGGAUGGCAGAAAGGAGACCUCGUUGUGCAUCUCGCGGGGUGCUGGGUCGAGGACCAGUGUAGUAUGCGAUGGGAACAGUACUCGGCAAUGAAGGAGGCCCUACCGGAGAAGCUGGAGGUUAAGGAGCCCACGAGACAGGAACCGGAGUUGAGCACUGAUGCUGCUGCACCAUAA